CUCUCUCAUUCCCCCUCUCACUCUCUCACAAACACAACAGUGUGUUUAUCCCCGUCUCUCGCCACGCUUUCUCUCCUCUCUCGGUACACUCUCCAUUGCAGCGGUGUUAGUGGUGGUGGUGGUGGGGACAGACAAACAAACACACACACACACACUCACGCACACACAAGAACACACAUACACACAUCAUUUAUGGAAAUAGGAGGGAAAGAGAGAGAGAGAGAGAGAGAGAGCGAGAGAGAGCGAGAGAGAGAGAGCGAGAGAGAACCAAGCACAUGACAACCAAACGACAAAGAGACGAGAGAGAGAGAGAGAGAGUCAGCUCUGUGGGGAGACAGAGACAUUCCACUGACCUUAGCUACCUGCCUUCAUUGAUCUCUCCGUCUGUCUGAUACAAGCCCCUGUGAGUGAGCUGCCCCCCUUGGCAACACCAUCCCUCCAGACGCCUCGUCUGCACAUCGCCAUCGGACCGGGACAGUGGCCACAUCGAUGCAACAUGGGUUGUGGCAAUUCUUCAGCCGCCAGCACUGGAGGGGGACCAGCCGAUUCCUCCAAAGAUGUGACAGAAGAGCCCACAGCCGAUGAUGAAAAAAGAAGGAACUAUGGUGGGGUAUACGUCGGCCUGCCAACAGAUCUGACAACAGUGGCUUCCAGUCAGUCCAAGCCAACGCGUAAAGAGUAGCUUCAGGCCGCCACACACAGCAGAUCCUCCAGGAUCCUCCCCCUUGAAACUCACACACCUGAGCCUCGUAGCAAGCACAGAGAGAAGGUGGAGGAGGAAGUGCUUGAGCUGAGCACCACCCCCCACCCCUUCCACCACUGGAAACACCACCACCUCCACCACCACCAGUAGCUAUCCAGCAGUACACGUCUCGUGCUUUCAAACUGUACAGCAGAGAUGGAAACUGCUGCCAGGACUCUGUCUCAGGGUGGCAGCACGGGUGGCGCUUUGACGCAUGGGUGCCCUUGUACACGACACCCACGUCCUCCCUCACCCUUCUUCACCGCCCAAGGAGAUGGGGGGGGGGGGCGUUAAGGCAGACCGACGUGCACAGCCCACCGCGACGGCCAUCUUGGCGUUUCUAGGGCGACGGCUCCCACGCGCCUCUGUUCUAUUUUCUUUCUGGAGGACGUGAGAGGUCGCGGCUGGUGUGACAGCUACCGGGAUGCCGGACCUCUUCUGCAGUCGCAGCCCCCCCCCCCCCCGCGCUAAGAACACACCGCUGAGGGAGUGUCCUCGGAGACGGGGCAGAGACAUUAAGGAUUCAGAGAGGACGUUGUUAGGGGCGACGGUGGGGAAGAAGGAGGGGUAAGAGAAGGAUGGAAAGGAAGACAGAGGGAGGGAGAAAGAGAGAGGGAGACCUCAGGCCCUCACGCGGAAGGCGUUCGGAUUGGUAAAGGAAGCAUAUAGCCAAUUUUGUUAAUGGUUCUUCAGUAUUGGGUUUUUGUUUUGAACAGAUUUUUUAUUUUUUUCUAUACAUCUGGUGCUAUAGAUUGGGAUUAGUCAUUUGAAUGUGUGAAAGGAACGUGAUCACCACCGUCACCCCGCCACCAGCCACCUCUUAGUCUGAUGGAUCGAGACGACACCUAACUGUCCCAGACUGAUUAUAUAACUAUGGCAUAUGACUCAUGAUGCUCUGCAGAUCUCUCCAUCUCUCUCUCUCUCUCUCUCUCUCUCUCUCUCUCCCUCUCCCUCUCUCUCUCUCUCUCUCUCCCUCUCCCUCUCCCUCUCCCUCUCCCUCUCCCUCUCCCUCUCCCUCUCCCUCUCUCUCUCUCUCUCUCUCUCUCUCUCUCUCCCUCUCCCUCUCCCUCUCCCUCUCCCUCUCUCUCUCUCUCUCUUGCUCACAAUGUUAUUUUUCCUGUGGAGCUCAAAUUCUAGGUCUAGUUCUAAGACCUUAAACCAUCUUCAACCCAUUCUGAAUAAUAUUAAAAAAUAAUCAUAAUAAUCAUAAUGAUAUUAAUAUUCAUGUUUAUACACAGCUUUAUUUUGGUUGUUAAUGUUAAAUGUUAGCAUUAUUUUAAUAUUAUUAAUAUAUCUCCCAAAAUAUGUUAUUUGUAUGUGAACAAUGAAAGGUAAAGAAAAUACAACUGAUGAUAUUAUAUGCCAUGGCGAAGGCAAGCAGAAUAAACAGUAUGUACCUUGAUCCCCUACUUCUUUGAAAGUCCUGUGUAAAAAUGUAUUUUACAUGUAUUUUAUACACAAUCUUACAUAAAGUGUUGCUAUAUGUGUU